AUGUCUGUGGGAAAUAUCUCUACGGGGCAAAACCUGUGCCAUGAUGAUGACUUCGUGACGUCUGGACAGCCCUAUACUUCGGCGGUGAUGUUCUCGGCCGGUGUGUUGGGCAAUAUCGUGGCACUGCUCCUGUUAAAAGUCCGCCGCGGGAGGACCAACCCAGCCAACCGGUCCCUUUACCAAGUCCUGGUCACUGUGCUUCUCCUGACGGACCUGCUUGGCUCCCUGUCUGUCAGCCCUGUUGUGCUGGCCGCUUAUUUUCACAACAAAACACUGGUGGCGAUGAGUUCGAACAAAGAGGUGUGUUCCUACUUUGGCUUCAGUAUGACCUUCCUGAGCCUAUCAACACUGGGCAUCCUAUGCGUAAUAGCGCUCGAGCGAUACCUCUCCAUUGGCCAUCCUUACGUGUACGAGAAGCACUCAAGCACACGCUGUGCUUACAUUAUCAUUACGCUCGUCUACAUGGGGAGCUUCUUUUUCUGUGUCACUCCUUUCAUGGGUUUUGGUGACUACGUGCAGUACUGCCCGGGGACCUGGUGCUUUCUGCAGAUGGAGAGAAACGAUCGAGUUUACCCCGUUUUUUACGCUUCUCUCAUCCUCAUCAUGAGCUCUAUGACAGUAGUGUGCAACAUAUCUGUCAUUUAUCACUUGGUAAUGAUGCACAGGAGGGGUAAGGUCCGCCGGCUCUUCCGGCACCACAGGUCCAUGACGGAGGAGGUGGCUCAUCUCCUGCCACUAGCUUUCAUCACUGUUGUCUUCAUCUGCUGCACCUUCCCUUUAGUGCUCAGAGUGUACCUAAUAGGCAACCCGGAUGAGCCUCGCACAGGUGAUUUGGGAGCUCUCCGUUUGCUCUCAUUCCACUCCAUCAUUAACCCAUGGGUUUUCAUCAUCCUCCGCCCAUCUGCUCUGAAAAUUAUUUGGAAGAAGCUGCAGAAACCACAUAAGUCGAAACACGUGGGAGGAGGCCAUGCAUUACAGCUCCAGAAACAGGAAAAUGAGGACAAUAGUGGACAUGGACGAGUUGCACAAGGGUUCUUAGGCCUGUAG